UAGAUUAAAGCGUCUUUUACCUUAUCUAAUUUGGGCGCCAUUUUGAAUAUAUACGAAGCGACAACACAGUAUCCCUUUGUAGAGUUUUAAGAAGUUAAACGAGAAGAAGAGGAUGGGAUCUUAGUUAGGCAGACCAGACCUCUAAAAUGUAUUCGUUUAUACAUGUCAUUCUGGUGGGAUUUACCUUGACGCUGUACGCGUCAUGGUGUGGAAGUGUAUCACAAUCGGGCGUUUUCAACUGGUUGGAAGAGGAUCGAUUCGAUGAAAUUAUGGACAGAAUGUCUUCGGUUACCGCCGAUAACUGUAGAUCUAAACCAAAGGAACAACUACGACUACCAAGUGAAACCGUUUCCCAGUUACCGCGUUCCAACAUGCUACUCAGUACCGUGAUAUACUCGAAUAGAUCUCAACUUCUACAUCUUCACAACAUGGCUCUCAAUCGAGCCUUUUUCUACAGCUUCAUCUACCAGAGACAGAACAGGUCCGAAGAUUUCAUGAACCAGCCAGGUCUUCAAUAUCUAUACAUGGCCUCCACUGCCGACGUCACGGGGAACGAGGGCUUCAUUAACGGUUCAGCUUUGUAUUUUGACAAUCAUUGUAGUUACCCCCAAUGGUACCUCUAUAAUGGCGUAGUUUUCAACAGCACGCUUCCCUUGUUUGGUCCUCGCGCGUGGAGAACGGACGACUAUAACGAGCCAACGAAUUGGUUACGAGAACCGACGAACAAUACCGUGGACAUUCACGAUUAUGGAGCUGGAACGAUGAAAAAUUACACGAGUGAUGCUUACAAAGCAGCGCCUUGGUACUCGGUCUGGCUCCCAGACUAUGACAAGAGUCAAGAUUCUCUGAGAAAGUUCACUUAUUUCGUAAACGUCAAGUUCUCCAACGCCACGGGACAGUUUACUCAUAAGGAGUUCGAGGGAAUCGAUUUUUUCGGUCCUCCGCAGCCCGGACAGUCGGACAGGGGCGUAUCCCUCCCCGUCGAAUGGACACCUCCCUACUUCGACUGUGGUCGGUCCAACAGGUGGAUAGUCAGUGCCCACUCGCCUGUAGUCGAAUACAUGCCAAGAUACUCAAACUGGACCCAUCUCCGAAGACCCAGGUUUGUGGCGGUCGUGACACAGGAUAUAGAGUUUGAGAGGAUCGACUUCAAUCCCUGCCCCAAGAGUGAAGGCAACCCCGACCCCAACUACUUCAAGAGCACUGCCCGGUGUAAACCUACCACCAUGUGUGAACCACUGAAUGGCUAUGGAUUCCGACGAGGCGGUUACCAGUGCGUAUGUCAACCUGGCUACUACUUCCCUUGGUGGCACGGUGGGCCAUUCUUGGGAGACGAGAUUGAGAUUGCGACAGAAGACGAGUACCAGAGCAACUUUGAUUGCCUCUCUGUGCAAGAGCUAAUGGUGAUACCAAAUGAAAUGCCUAUCUUUGUGCAGAGGAGAAGGAAGAGAUCAACAUUAAUAGCCAAGAAAUCCACCCUCUUUAAAAUGAUUACCUCGGGUCAGAGUCCUAGAGCCAAGUUAGUGGCCAGAAGAUCUGUUCCUAAGGAGAAAAUGAAAGAAAAGCUCAGAAAUCGUAGACACAUUCCACGUUAUCAAGGAGAGAGUAAAAAAAUUCGGAACAAGCGCGAUCUGUAUGAUGCUGAAAAGAGAGUCAAAAUGGAAAAGAUUUUGACAAGAAAGGCUCAAACCAAUGCUGCCAACUGUAAAACCAAAAUGCCUUAUGAACUAUUACUCCCUGGAGAUGUUGCGUAUGGUGUAGAGAAACAGUUUGAGGCUCAAGGACGUACUGCUCUUCGUUUGGCCCACUUUCUCUCCGACUUCUUGCAGAAUGUGGAUGAAUACGAGAAUUUUGGUAGCAUGACCGGUGACCGACGUCUCAACGAAACACACUUGUUCGGAGAGGUAAUUGCCAAUGUCAUGGCUGACUUUAAAAUCCUUGGUAGUGGAGUGUUCUUUGAGCGAUACAAGUUCCGCAUGUCUCCGCCAAUAAAUAAUACUGAUCCACGCUACACCAACGGGAUCGUGAGAGAGUUCUUUGGUCCAUAUUCAUGGAGGAAACAAACUGUAACAGGAGAUGGUAUGGACGAGUUCAAUGCUGUGGACUCGGCAGGAUACUCUAAAUACUACACUGACGAAAUAUGGUACAGAACUGUUAAGGCAAGAUGGCAGACCAACUUUCACAGUCUUGUGAAGUAUACCGCAAAACCCAUGGUGAGGUCCGAUGUUAACGGCACUAGUCUUGUCAGGUUUGAGUACUACCCCAUCCAGUACUAUGCUCCCAAGUAUGAGCAUGGAGAAUGGCUGAGACCCGAAUUCAAAUGUGAUGAUCGCAUCAUGGACUGGGUGGUUACCUACGUGGUUCCUUUCUUUGGAUUUAAUGAGCUGAAAACGAUGCUUGAAUUCAAAGGAGUAGUAAAAGUUGAUGUCAAGCUUGAUUAUCUGGACAUAAACCAGUGUCCUCAAGACUUCUAUGUAGCCAAUGCCUUCAAAAACACUGGAAAGUGUGACUUCAAAUCUACCAAUUGCAUAGCCCUUCCUGGGAAGAGAUUCCAAACGGGCUCCUACAAAUGUGAAUGUCGUCAAGGAUACGAGUAUCCAUUCAAUGACCUUGCAUGGUUCUACGAUGGUCAAACUAUGGAGGAAGAGUAUUCAAAGAAAUUAAGGGGAGAACCUAACAGGUAUGGUACCCUGAAGUGCCGUAUAGCUGGUGCUGCAUCCAUUGUUGCCAACUGGGCCUUGGUUACGGCAUCUCUGCUCGCCUUCCUCUUCCUACAACGGCGAUAGAUGCUGAUGGUGCAAUAUAACAAGCUGCAUGGAAUAAAAUUCCUUUAAGUAUAUGAGUAAUUCAGAUCUAUGUAAAUGAAUCUUUUGAAAAAUACAAUUUACAAUACAUCUAUGCAGAUAAAGUUCUAAGCUUAAACAUGUACAUACCAGGAACUGUACCAAAUCGAUAUAACAUUUCGUGUGAAAAAAUAGAAUUUCUAAAUACUCAAAAGUUAGUAAAAGAAGUAAGUGUGUGAUUGUAUGUGUGAGCUAUGGAUCCUUUUCCAUUGAGUCAAGUAUAUCUUUAUACUAAAGAAGACAGAUCUACUAUGCAAAUGUGAUAUUUUUAAUGAAAAUGUACAUAGUCAAAUUGUUAAUUCUUGUAUAUUUUGUGUCACAGUACUGGUUCAAUGUAUGUUAACCCUUUCACCCCUAUGUAACUUAAGUAAACUCUUCCAUGCUUUGAUCUGGUGGAGUCCAUUACGGUCUACAGUGGUGAAAGGGUUAACCUGAAAUCGUAGCUCAAAGCAACAAUUCUUUUGACUUUUUUCAUGAUUUUUACCUUUCAUUUCAUUCUACUGUACUUUUUUAUAUCCUUUAAACAGUUCCAUGGGAAAUAUAAUUCAAUACAAUUGAUUAAUUUCUAAAACAUUCAGAAUGAAAAAAAGUGUAGAUAUUUUUAUUGGCUGUUUGAAUGAUCACAUGCAAAUCUUUUAGAUAUUAGCUUUUUUCUUACAAACAAAGAUGCUAUAUUUAAGCAGGUUCACUGUUCUGCAUAAGAAUGUGUUGUGAUGUAUGGAGAGGAGAGUCUUCAAGUUUGGUGUGAAUGUUGAGGAGUGAUGAACAAAUGAAAAUGUGAGACAUAGACUGGUUAUAAUUACAAUUUAUAUGUAUAUAAAGUAAAUAAUUUCAUUGCAAAUAACAUAAUCAUUUAAUGAGUGCUGAAAAAAGAUUGAUUAUUGAGGAUAACAUGUAUGUGUGUAAAUAUUAGUCUUUCAAAGUUCAUACCUGCCCUUAACAUAUAUGUCCUUAUUCUUUGAGUGAUCUACCUGGGAAUUAAUCUGAAAAUACCAUAAUUGAAAUAUAAAUAAUUUGUUUGU